AUGGCGGCUAGAGGGGCACCUUCAGAGCUGAAAGACUUCCAGAUUGGGUGCUCUUGGAUCCCCACAGCCCCCACUAUGCCCAAUUCAACCGCACAGCACCCGAUCUGCAAAACUUGGCAACCGAACGAGCCAGCUCAGCCCAGUUGGGCCGGGUCGGGCCAAUACAGUCAAUUUCUCCCUGCUUCCCGAGCAAAUUUGCAUGAAGCUGGAAAUUUAUCAGCGGAUUACGUGCAAAUGACACAAUGCCAGACGACACGCUCAUGUUACAUACCAAUGGGUCAAUGUACAGAUCCGGUUGUCGAAAGCAGACGUCAUCAUGGUAAUUGGCCACCAGUUGCUGAUUUUUCAGUGCUUGAGGAAAAUCUGUCCAAUUUUGACACCUGGCAGACCAGCGUGACGGCCAAUUCCCAUGUCUAUGGAGAUUGUUCACGAAAGCCCGACUCGGUUGUGACAAAAAGGACCGACAAAUUGGCCAGCAUGUCUUUUCAGAAGCUCUUGGCACUGGCUGAUGCAGGAGGGAGUAAAGCAGCCAUUGAGAAUGCACUUAUGGAGAAGAAUUAUGUUGCUGGACAAAUGGAAUUCGGCGUCCCAAGCAGCAGCUCAUGUGGACCCCGUUUUCGCACUCCAAACCAAGGCAGUCAGAGUCAGUACAAUACUUGCUAUGAGAAUUCUAAACCGCAUGGCCCCGUCAAAUUGCUUGGAGAAACAUUUAUUGCGGAACUGGGCUUUGCAAACCACCAAACAGGUGCAAGUUCAAUCUCUUCCAGGCCCUCCUUCGAUCUCAAUUCAAUACCGAGGAUGGCUACAGAUGCAGCCUAUGGCAGGACUGUAUCAUUCCAGUUCGAGCCUACAACACCUCAGAAAAGCAAUAAAGCUGAGUAUCAUCAGCAGAAAACUCCUGUGAUAGAUCUAACCAUGGACGAUGGGCCCACAGGGAAAGAUGCCCGAAACAAGGUGAAAAUGUCGGAGUCUUCCGUGAUUAUUGACCAAUCGUCCUCAGCCGUGUCGACCCUGUUGCAGGAGAACCACAAGCCUGACAAGGGCGGCACAGAUACAGCUGACUUGACCAAAACCCCCCAGCAGAAGGCGAGGAGGAAAAAGCACCGACCCAAGGUCAUAAUCGAAGGUCAAAAGAAGAGUACCCCGAAAAGCACAAAAAAUCCCACAGCCCCCCAGGAUUCGACAACUGUCAGGAAAUACGUCCGGAGAAAAGGAGUUACAAAUCCCUUAAGCGGGGAAACUGAUGUGGCCGGUCUAAAUGGAAAGGACUCAACUUCCCUGCAAGCUCCAACUGGAAAAAGAAAGUAUGUGAGGAGAAAAGGAGUCACCAAACCCGAAGACGGUGUGGAUAAGGAAACAACAAAAAUGGAAGACUCGAAGGCCUCCCGAAUCACCAGAAGCUCUUGCAGACGAACACUAAAUUUCAACUCGGACAGCCAGACCAGAGGGGGGAGUUCCUUGCAGUAUCCAUCUUUAAUCUCUGAAGGGGAACCUCAAGCCGAGAAUCUCAAUGCACAAGAUCAACUGGCAACUUUGCAAUGCGGGCAAGGAAUGACUAAGAAAGAUGAUGUGACGAGUCAUCAUGAACUCACACAAUCUACAGAUCAAGUGCAGGAAAAUAACAUGGUAGGACAUCCUGAACCUACCAGAGGGAAAUGUCAAAUAAUAUUCUCAAAUGUAACACAUGAUAAAGAGAUAAACACCCUUCAAGCAACAAUGACUCUCAACGGUCAAAGUGCACCAAGGAGCCGGAGUGGUUCCUUGUGCAGUAGCACAUGCUGGGCCCCAGAGAGACAGGUGAGAAGUCUAAAGAGGCAGACCGUGAGCGCAAGUGGAGAAUCGGAAAUCUCCAAGAGAAACGAGAUGGGGACAUACCACAAUUUCAUGCAGGCAUACCUUCCUAUAUUUUCGCAAAAUGUGGAUAAGAAUAAUGCUCCUCCAGGAUUACAUUUCCCGAUAAUUUACAAAAAGAAGAGGACCGAGAAAGGUUAUUGUACGGGAACAUCCAGCUCGCAGCUCGAAUCACAUACUCUAAAGGAUUCUCGCGUAGAUCAGGUUCCAUCAGUGGCUAAUCAGGGAUUGUCCUGUGGGCCAUGUGAUAUUGCUAAUCUGCUGAGGACUAAUCCUCCUGCAAAUGAUGCAAUUCAGACCGGACGGAAAAUUUAUGAAGAUCUCUUGGCUUUGGGGCCUACAGAGAGGAUUAGGAAAAAGAGAUCCAAAGGCUCAACUCGACUGCGGGAUUUGGCCUCACUGCUGGAAAUCUGUAGACAACUGCCACCAUCUCCAAGUCAAGCGGCAGCAGCACUACCAUCCAGAAUGAAACAAAAGGUAGCAAUUCUACAUGAACCACCCACAUGUAUGGAAGCUCUUGUGGCUGAGACCCGGACAGUGUUGAAAACAAAGAAGCGUACAAAGAGAAGCCUGCUUGCAAAUUCAACGGUGCAGAACUUCUACACCCACCAAAAGUCUGCUGCCAUACCAAUGGGACCACCACUUGCUCUGACAUGGAGAACCAUAUCACCUGUUGAUUCAAUCAUGGAGCAACUAAACCAGUUGGAUCUAAAUGCGACAAACGAAAGAUCAGAAGAAAAGCGGAAUGCAUUUGUGGCAUAUCACUCACAUUACCAGGAGCAACGAGCCCUUGUUCCGUUUCAAAGAAGUGGGGCGCUCAUCCCUUUUGAUGGAUCAUUUGAUGAGGUUAGAAGAAGGCGGCCACGUCCUAAAGUCGACCUUGAUGAUGAGACAACUAGAGUGUGGAAAUUACUGUUAGAAAAUAUCAAUAGUGAAGGCAUUGACGGAACAGAUGAGGAAAAGACAAAAUGGUGGGAAGAGGAACGUAGAGUAUUCAAUGGAAGAGCAGAGUCAUUUAUCGCACGCAUGCAUCUUGUGCAAGGGGACAGACGCUUCUCACCAUGGAAAGGAUCAGUCGUUGACUCUGUAGUUGGUGUUUUUCUAACUCAGAAUGUCUCAGAUCAUCUUUCCAGCUCGGCCUUCAUGUCGGUUGCUGCGAGAUUCCCGCUCAAGUCACAAGCUGUAUCUGUAGAAUUACAUGAAGAGAAACGAGGGACUGAACAAAUCUGUGAGUUGGAUGAUGAUGGGUCCAUUGGAUUGGGCAAUGACAUCAUAAGCAAAUCCGUCUAUGGUGAUAGGCAUAAAGUGUUCGAAGGUGAUAGCACUAGAGAAGCGAACAGUGUCAACACCUCAGGAAACAAUUCUGAUGAGUUUUUCCUAAAGGGAAAGUUAGAAGGCCAAUCACCUGAUAGAUCUAAACAUGAUACAGUUGUGUCCAGUGAAAUUGCUGCAAACAAGUCAAUAAGCAUGAUUGAGGAUGGAAAGGAUGCAGAAGACGCAAUUUCUUCUCAGACUCUAGAGAUUUCUUCUCAGAACUCUUCCAAUUCCCCAAUAGCACAAAUGACUGAAAGAAGUGAUACUUGCUUACUGAGCACUUCAGGAGAACCAAAAACAUGCGUUGAGCCAAGUGGGUUUGACAGCUCUACUUCAUUCAUAAAGAUUCUACAGAUGGCUGGCACUGUAUUACAUGAAAAAUAUGAAGAAGACGGUGAAAACAUAAACUUUGAUGUCAAUCAUCGGCAUUGCCAAUUGGGAAGUUUGGCUCUUGACUUGCAGAAUGAAGCCCAUUUGGACAAGCCUGCGUACCCAUCUGACACAAUUUCACCAAGUAGUAAGUCUACUUUGAUUGAUGUGCCCAAUGCUGGAUCACAAUCAACAGUAUCAGACUUAUAUAAAGGAAAUAUCCAGUUCUUCGACAGUUCUACCAACAGAGACCUAUGUUUAGGAGAUAUAAGUGAACGUUCUUCAGAAUCUGCAUUUGGAACUACAUUUCAGAAGGUCACAGAUGUUUGUUCCAAAGGUGAAACAAAACUUUCAAGCACAAAUGCUACUUCAGCUAACAAUGACCGAGGUGUGAUAAAUCAGAAAACAUUUGAGAAUCAAAACGGUCAAGUACUACCACAGAGUUCGUGUGAGGAAAUAUAUAAUAUGCAGGAGGUUCCAAAAGGUCCAAUCUGCCCACAAAAUUUAACGGACAUUACAGGUAGUAGUAGCAACGCAUAUAAUUUAAAAUAUCCAGAGCACAUAGAAGUCAACUCAAAUAAGAAGGAUUCUGAAAAUCAUCGUGGCAAGACGGAUGAAGGACCUAAAGGAAAGGGAGGAAGACCCAGAAAAGAAAAAGAAACCAAGGUUAAUUGGGAUCACUUGAGAAAACAGGCAGAUGCAGGUGGCAAAGUAAGAGCAAGAACAGUUAAUACGAUGGAUUCGGUGGACUGGGAUGCUGUAAGAUGUGCAGAUGUCAACGAGAUUGCAGAGACCAUCAAAGAAAGGGGAAUGAACAAUAUGCUAGCAGAGAGAAUUAAGGACUUUCUGAACCGCCUUGUCAGAGAUCAUGGAAGCAUCGAUCUGGAGUGGCUUAGGGACGUUCCACCAGACAAAGCAAAAGAAUAUCUGUUGAGCAUAAGGGGUUUGGGAUUAAAAAGCGUAGAAUGUGUCCGGCUUCUGACACUUCAUCACCUUGCGUUUCCAGUUGACACCAAUGUUGGUCGUAUAGCUGUACGAUUAGGGUGGGUGCCUCUUCAGCCGUUGCCCGAGUCACUUCAGCUACAUUUACUAGAACUGUACCCAGUAUUAGAGUCUAUUCAAAAAUAUUUGUGGCCUAGACUCUGCAAACUUGAUCAAAGAACACUGUAUGAGCUGCAUUAUCAAAUGAUCACAUUUGGAAAGGUGUUUUGCACAAAGAGCAAACCAAAUUGCAAUGCAUGUCCAAUGAGGGGGGAAUGCAGACAUUUUGCCAGUGCAUUUGCCAGCGCAAGACUUUCACUCCCAGCACCAGAAGAUAAAAGCAUUGUGAGCGCAACAGAAACUAGAACAGCUGACCAAAAUCCAAUGAGAAGUAUGAAUACCUUGCGGUUGCCAUCACUUGAAGCCAAUCAAUUGAGUACUAGAUCUGGAGCAAGCAAUUCUCAGCCCAUCAUUGAAGAGCCACCUUCACCAGAGCCUAUCAUUGAAGUGCCAGCCACACCAGAACAAGAUUAUACACAAGUUGCACAAUGUGAUAUUGAAAAUGCUUUUAAUGAAGAUCCUGAUGAAAUUCCUACUAUUCAACUCAAUAUGGAAGAAUUCACGCAUAAUUUGCAGAAGAUCAUGGAGCAAAAUAUGGAAUUACAAGAGGGCAAUAUGUCAAAGGCCAUAGUUGCUUUAACUUCUGCAGCUGCUUCAAUCCCUGUGCCAAAACUUAAAAAUGUGAGCCGGCUCAGAACAGAGCAUCAAGUCUAUGAGCUGCCAGAUUCACAUCCUCUUCUAGAAGGGAUGGAUAAACGAGAACCAGAUGAUCCUUGCCCUUACCUACUUGCGAUAUGGACCCCAGGUGAAACAGCAAAUUCUAUUGAACCGCCUGAAAGACGGUGCAGCUCCAAAGAGUUCGGCAAGCUAUGCACAGAUGAAGUCUGUUCAUCAUGUAACAGCAUACGAGAAGCAGACUCUCAAACUGUUCGGGGGACUAUUCUGAUCCCAUGCAGAACGGCAAUGAGAGGAAGCUUUCCACUAAAUGGCACAUAUUUUCAAGUUAAUGAGGUGUUUUCUGACCAUGAAAGUAGUCAGUCCCCAAUAGCUGUUCCAAGAGAGUGGUUAUGGAACUUGCCACGGAGAAUAGUGUAUUUCGGGACAUCAAUACCAACUAUUUUUAAAGGACUGACAACCGAAGGGAUUCAAUACUGCUUUUGGAGAGGGUUUGUUUGUGUAAGAGGCUUUGACAGGAAAACAAGGGCACCACGUCCCCUCAUCGCCAGAUUGCACUUUCCAGCUAGCAGAUUAUUAAGCAAAGGGAAAGGGAAGGUGGAUGAGAAGUAG